AGAAUGAUUGGAUGACAGUGCACAGUGUGUGAAAAAGCAUAGGCUCUGUUAAGAAGCAAAGAAAGAAAACUAUUAGAAAACCUCUCGUUGCGUGUGUUUGCACUUGUGUUUCGCUGGAAAAUUCUCACAUUAGUGGAACUAUUAUUCAAAGUUUCGUUCACUUGUCGGAAAAUUUCCUUUUUCCUGAAAGUCAACAGCCAGAAGAGACAGUUCGAGUUCAGCAAGCUAAUUUGCGACCAAAAGUUUACAGGAAAACAAAAAGAUGGAAGCUCUCAUACCGGUUGUGAACAAACUGCAAGAUGUAUUCAACACCGUUGGUUCGGAUGCAAUCCAGCUUCCCCAGAUUGUUGUUCUGGGCAGUCAGAGCUCCGGAAAAAGUUCCGUUAUCGAGAGUCUGGUUGGGCGAACGUUUCUGCCGCGAGGCACCGGAAUCGUAACGCGCCGUCCCCUUGUCCUGCAGUUGGUUUACACUCCCUUAGACGACCGAGAGCAUCGUUCGGCGGAUCAAGGCACGGCAAACGUUGAAGAGUGGGGUCGAUUUCUGCACAUUAAGAACAAAAUCUUCACCGAUUUUGAUGAUAUCCGAAGUGAAAUAGAGAAUGAGACAGACCGAAUGGCCGGCAGUAACAAGGGCAUUUGUUCGGAGCCGAUCAAUUUGAAGAUUUAUUCGACGAAAGUGGUCAAUCUGACUUUGGUGGAUUUGCCCGGCAUUACGAAGGUUCCGGUGGGAGAUCAACCGGAAGAUAUCGAGGUGCAAAUCAAAGAACUGCUGAUUACCUACAUAGAGAAUCCAAACUCGAUUAUAUUGGCUGUGACUGCGGCCAACACAGAUAUGGCGACAAGCGAGUCGCUCAAAAUGGCAAAGGAUGUUGAUCCGGACGGAAGAAGAACGUUGGCUGUUUUGACAAAGCUAGAUCUGAUGGAUGCCGGUACGGAUGCUAUCGAUAUUCUCUGUGGUAGGGUGAUUCCGGUAAAGUUGGGAAUCAUUGGCGUUGUUAAUCGGUCUCAGCAGAGUAUCAAUGAUAAGAAGUCCAUCGAGGACCAGCUGCGCGACGAAGCUGCUUAUCUGCAGCGAAAAUAUCCUACACUGGCGACCCGUAAUGGGACUCCCUAUCUCGCGAAAACGCUGAAUCGUUUAUUAAUGCACCACAUUCGCGAUUGCCUACCGGAUCUGAAAACGCGUGUCAACGUGAUGGCGUCUCAGUUCCAGUCGCUGUUGAACUCCUACGGAGAGGAUGUUUCGGACAAGAGCCAAUGCUUACUUCAGAUCAUCACAAAGUUUGCCUCGGCUUACUGUUCAACGAUCGAAGGAACUUCUCGAAACAUUGAAACCACUGAACUAUGUGGAGGAGCACGGAUUUGUUACAUCUUUCAUGAAACCUUUGGCAAAACCUUGGACUCAAUUCAUCCGUUGACUGGUCUGUCUAAAAUGGAUAUUUUGACAGCUAUCCGCAAUGCCACCGGUCCUCGUCCAGCACUCUUUGUGCCAGAGGUAAGCUUUGAGCUGCUCGUCAAGCGUCAAAUCCGAAGAUUGGAAGAGCCCUCACUGCGAUGCGUGGAGUUGAUUCACGAAGAAAUGCAGCGCAUAAUCCAACAUUGUGGCACCGAAGUUCAACAGGAAAUGCUUCGUUUCCCUAAGCUCCACGAGAAGAUUGUCGAUGUUGUAACCCAACUUCUCCGCCGACGACUCCCAACCACAAACGGUAUGGUCGAAAAUAUAGUUCAGAUUGAACUGGCAUACAUAAACACAAAGCAUCCCGACUUUCACAAGGAAGCCGCCCUCGUUCCUAGUCUAUUGAAAACUGAAUCCCAGGAUCAGUGGGCUCACUUGCAUCAGACAGGAAACCCCCCAAGUCGUCGAGCCACAGCUCGACCCAACCCACAGUCGACUCCCGUUCACCAGCCGAACGGUGGUGAACCUGUCGAAUCUAACCAUGUCGGCGAACAAACAACUAGUUGGUUAUCCAAUAUUUUGCCCCCAGCAGCUGGGUAUGUUCCGUCUUCAACCAUUCCAUCGGAAAGCGUUCAGAACUCCGUUUCCAACACCCCAACGCACGGUGUUUUAAGUCCGUCAAAAGCGGUGAAUUUGCUUCCGGAUGUUCCAAGUGUUCAUGCAGCUCGCAAGCUAACUGAUAAAGAGCAGAACGAUUGCGAUGUGAUUGAACGUCUCAUUAAGUCUUACUUCUACAUUGUGCGCAAAUCGAUCCAAGACUCGGUGCCGAAGGCCAUCAUGCACUUCCUGGUGAACUAUGUCAAGGAUAAUCUGCAGUCCGAGCUGGUCACCCAUCUUUACAAAUCGGAUUCGGCAAAUGAACUGCUGAACGAGUCAGAUCAUAUAUCGAUUCGUCGCAAAGAGGCAAGCGACAUGUUGAAGGCUCUGACGCGCGCAAACCACAUUAUUAGUGAGAUACGCGAAACGCACAUGUGGUAAGUUGAGGAUAAAGACGACCGAAUGGGGUGGGGAUAGUGGAAUGUGUCAGUUCACCGUUAGUGAAUUAUUAUCAUUUAAAAAAACAUCAACAUACAAACUCAUACUAUCUGUUAAGGUUAGAAGAUUGGCCAUCCCGAUAUGUCCGUUUCCUACUGCGUCCAUCGACCGUCAUUCGGAAACCCAGUUACAUUUACUGAAUGCAUUAUAUCUUUUUUAGUUGAAACAAAGAAAUAAAAUAGUAUAAUAAUUAUUAUUGUUACUAAGUAUAAUGAAAAUAACGUAGUUAUUGGCAUAACAGUAAACAAAAUUGUUCACAUUGUUCAGUAUCUGCACCAUGAGAUUUGAAAGUGUCCGGUUGAAAUGAUGCUUUCGUUGUGUAUUGCAUGUUGAAUAUGAAGGAGAACAAGAUAGAAACAAAGCAAGACCUCUAGUCCUCUUUGUAAAAGCAUUUGCAAACCCACGUUAGGUCCCAUAUUAUUCUGGAAAUAGAAAAUAGCCAAAGAAGUCCGACAGUUUGGGGGUGCAAUUUUUUUUCACGAAUACAUAAAUACAGAUCUUUGAUCAGUUGCUGUAAAUCGCUAAAUCAUGAUAUUAUCAGAAAGACCGUAGAUCAGGUAAUUUAAGCAUUUUAAUCACCGAGUAGCGUAACGUUCAUAGAUUUCACACAUUUCAUGAUGGUCAUUAGAUAUGUUGCAAAAUUUCUGAAGCCGACAGAUAAAUAGAUAACAUAAGUUUUUGUUCUGUUUUUGGUAAACCUUGUUAUCAUUUCCACCAAAGCAACAAAGUGUUUCCUUUGGUAUUCUGUUAAGCACCUAUAUCUUAAUGUGCACUUUGCUUAAAAAAAUAGAAAAUAAGCGACAGGGAUUAUCCUAAUCGAGUUGAGCUCCGAUCUCAGUACCUUACUACUGAUAUUGGUAAAUUAUCGAAAAAGUCAAUAAUAAUCGUUUAGGUCAACUUCACUGAUUAUUAAGAUGCAAGUGAUGCUAAUUAUUAUCCGAUAAAUAACUUAUGAAGACUCUAUCUCUCUUCAUUGACUAUGAAAAAUAAAAAGUAACAUAAAAUGCG